AUGGACAGUUAUGAAAAAGUACGAGUCGUUGGUCGUGGUGCUUUUGGUGUAUGUUGGCUCUGUCGAGAGAAAAAUAAUGCUUCGAAGGUCAUUCUAAAGCUCAUCAACACCCACGGAAUGUCGGAGAAAGAGGAGAAAUACAUUCAAAGUGAAGUUGCGCUUUUGAAAAAAGUACAACAUCCAUUGAUCAUCGGGUAUAUUGACUACUUUACGAUUGAUAAUCAACUAGCUAUUGUUAUGCAAUACGCGGAAGGAGGAACUCUCGAAAGACUUAUCAACGAACAAAGAGCAAUAAGUGACAACAAAGAGCAUUUUCCAGAGAAGACAGUGUUGGAAUAUUUUACACAGAUUCUCAUUGCUCUGGAUCACAUGCAUUCAAAACACAUUGUACAUCGGGAUUUGAAACCCCAGAAUAUUCUCAUGAACCGAAGAAAAACUAUUCUGAAACUCUCAGAUUUCGGAAUAUCCAAAGAGUUAGGAAGUACCAAAUCAGCAGCAUCUACAGUAAUCGGAACUCCUAACUAUUUAAGUCCAGAAAUCUGCGAAAGUCGUCCCUACAAUCAAAAGAGUGACAUGUGGUCUCUUGGAUGUGUCCUCUUCGAGCUUCUUCAACUUGAAAGGGCUUUUGAUGGAGAGAAUCUCCCGGCACUCGUUAUGAAAAUUACACAGGGAAAGCUCAAACCAAUGGACGGACAUGUUUCGGACGCAGUGAAGAAGUUGGUGCAUGAUUUGUUGAAGACCAAUGAAAAGAAUCGUCCGGAUGUGUCUGAUCUUCUGGUGGAUCCUACUGUUCUCCCAUUCCUGAUAUCCAUUCAUUGUGAUUUGGGAAGAUUGGAGGCUCCAACGAACGAUAAGAGAAAACCGUCAACUUCUCUGAACAGCCGUCUCCGAACUUAUACAACUCAGUCUACUCUCCGACCGACAUCCGUGACCCCUCUAGUGACUAGAAACAUCGCCCCAACACCUUCAACCUUUGAUUCUGGACUAUUCUCAUUGCGAUCUACAGGAUUGAGCUCAAGAAAUCCAGCGAGAGUUCAAGUUUCAGCUAAAUAUGACAACUACAGUCAAUAUUCAUAA